AGUUUAGACAUAUACGAGAGAUUAACAGUAGCCGACGCGCUAACACCGGUCCAGUUCAACGACGGCGACAUAAUUGUAAAACAGGGCGAAGCGGGCGAUGACUUUUACGUGAUAGAAGAGGGCACGGCUAUAGUAUUUCAACGCCGGUCGGCCGAUGAGCCGCAGGUGGAAGUGGGCCGACUCGGCCAAUCGGACUACUUCGGGGAGAUCGCACUACUGCUGGACAGACCCCGAGCGGCCACAGUGGUGGCCAAAGGGCCGCUGAAGUGCGUCAAGCUGGACAGGGCUCGGUUCGAGCGCCUGUUGGGUCCGUGCGCCGACAUCCUCAAGCGCAAUCUGGAGCACUACAACUCCUUAAUUUCACUCUCCGUUUAA